GCAGCAUCCAUUAUGAAGACUUUGAUCGCUAUAUUGUUGGUUGCCUGCGUGGCAGCAGAGCAGAAGCGCGAAGCUGAGCCUUCUUAUGGUCAUGGCGUCGGCUUUUCCCUUCCUCAUGGCGUUGUUAGUCGGCAGUAUGGCGUCGGGUACGGGCACGCAGCCAUAGCUCAGCACCCAUAUGGAGGACGCUCCUUUGUCCACAGCUUCAGCCACAACCUCCACAAGCGAGAAGCUGAAGCUGGUUACAGCCAUCCAGCAUAUGGUUAUGGAUACGGUCAUUCCUAUGGAUACGCACCAGCCAUAGCUCGCCAUCCAUAUGGCGGUCGCUCUUUCGUCCGCAGCUUUAACCAUAAUCUUCACAAACGAGAAGCUGAACCUAGUUUCGGCCUACCGGCAUAUGGUUAUGGAUAUGGUGGAAGCAUCGGCUAUGGUAUCGGUCAUACCUAUGGAUACGGACCAGCCGUAGCUUACCACCCAUACGGCGGUCUCUCUUUCACUCGAUCCUACAACCACGUCCUCCACAAGCGUGACGCUGAUCCAAGCUAUGGUCACACAGGAUCGGUCUACGGCUACACCAGCUCCGUCAGCCAUCCAGGAUACGGCUAUUCGUACCAACAGAGCCAUGGAUUCGUACCCUCACAUUACGCUUUAUACUAGUUUGAUACUAGUAUAAAGAGGUGUAGCAUGCUGUAAAGCUUAAUAAAAUCGUUUAUCAGUA